AUGGGCUCCUGCCUGCCGGUGUCAUUCCUGUACAUGAGGAAAACCAGGAUCUGCGAGCACAUUGCUCCCGAAGUGGGGUAUGAGGGAGACGAGUCACUCCGAGGCGCCCGCCCGGGUAAUGGCGGGCGGGAGGCGGAGGACAGCUGCGGCCGCCUCGCAGCUGCACGUCCCAGGGACCGGGAACGACCUCCUCCACCGGGCUCCCCUACUCACCACCGCGGGAGGCGGCGGCGGAGGGGCCGGACCGCGGAGCCGGUGUCGAUACGGAGCCGGGGCGGAGGGCGGGAUGCGGAACGGGCGCUGCGCCGCUGCAGCGGCCGCCGGGCGCCGCGCUCCUUCCCUCAGGCGGGGCCGCGCGUUCCCGCCGCCGCCGCUCCCCUCAGGCGCCGCCCGCCAUUUUGUGGCGGCGCGGGGAGCAGGGGCGCCCCUCAUCAGGCGCAGAGCCCGUUCUCGUACCAAUCCCAUUUUGUGGACAACAACCACAUGGCUGAGAGCGGACAUGAUUUCUCGCUUUUGCAACUCCCUGAAAGUAGUUUGGAGCCAGGUGGAAGUCAGUCUUUGUACCAAGCAACAAGUGUCAGGACAAGACAAAAUGGCCUUAAGUUGUGCCAGAGGAAGUUCAGGUGGGACAUGAAGAUCAAUUCCUCACAGAAAAGAACCCUCCUGUGACAGUUCUUGAGCAUUGAUGUUGCCAUGGGAAAUAUGAGUGACCAGUUGUAGCAGUCCAGGCCAAGAAGGAACUUCGUUUAGUGAUAAUCUUCUAAUUUCCUCUGACACAAUUCCUUUAAGAGCUGCCCAGGCUCCAUUAUCAUAAGAAGUACAAAGAGUAAAAUCUGCCAGUCAGUAACACAGCAUUAAUUUUUGUGACUGUCUGCUCCAGUCACAAAGCCAGCUGAGCUGUAGCAGCAGAAAAGCACUUUGUCUAACCCAAGACUUAUGUGUCUCCCAGCUGCUAGGAAAUGAAGAAUUGAGAUGAAAGUUCUUGAUAAUAUCCUUGCUAGGCUUUGUAUUUGCUUACUUUUCUUGUUUUCUCUAUCUAGAAUUCCUAGGCUGUUAGGGCUUUCUACCAUUUCUUCUGUCAUUUUUCCACCUCAGUGUAUCUGCUUUUUAUUGAGUCUGCUGAACACAUACUGGUUUAGGAUUUUUCCUUUGCAUGUUUAUUUUUGCAAUUAUUUGUUUCUCCAGUGCAUUAUUUAACUCUGUCUGUGUGAGGAUAUAGGAGCUAUUCCUGCAUUCCUGACUUGGCUAAAUUCUUCUUAACAUCAAUGGAUGUUUUGAGUGUGCAAGGAUGGGGCUAAAAGUUGUGGUCUACGUUCUGCACCACUAAAGUUUCCCCGAGUAUCAUCGCUUGCAAUUAAAACUUCAAAGCAGACAAGCAGCAAAUGCAGCACAGGUAAUUAUAGGAUCUAUCAAAUACCAGCACUAAAUAUAUCUCUAGAUGAAAAUCUGGUAAACAGUUGAGCAAUUGGAAAGUUGUAGAGUGGUUUUUUUUUCCUCUAAAUAAAUGUGUAGUGGAAAAAAAUAUUCUAACUUGUAAUUUAUAUUAUUGCUUCUCUUGAAUUUUAAUGAAGAUGUGCAUACAACGUUUUGUUUUUUUUUUUCCUUGAGGAAAUAAAAUAGAAUAUUCUAUUGUAAAGAGAGGUAGAUUAAGACAGUUUUGUAGCUGGCUUUUUGCUUACAAGCCUUAUUUCUUCUACAAAAAUACCCUGUAAUUCUCAUUAGAGAAGAAGACCAGAAAGCAAAUCUAAAAUUCCUAAGACUGCAGAAGACCUAUUUAGAAGUCAUAAGUGAUUUCCCAAGUACAAUUAAACAAUUAACACCUUAACAGGUACAAUUUUCCUGUGUGGGUGUAUCCAUUAGUAUUUGUGUCUCUUUAUAUAAGUAGUUGUUCUAAACCAAAUGAGGUUUUGUAUAUGUAGGAAAUGACUCACACUCCAUCACUUUCUGCAAGUCAGAAGUUUGAUUUAAUUCCACUUAGUCUGUUUAGCCAGUUGAAAUAUCAGAAGUUCACAUUCAUUUAAAAGAUCAGACAAUGCUUUUCAUUAAUAUCAAGACUUUUUACAAAUGUUGUGCACUAGAUUAUUCUGCCUUGAUCCACUGAGUGUGUUGUCUGUGUACUAGCUGUCCUUUGACCUCCCCUUCCCCACUGAGGUACCAGUUGGAGGAUGCUCUUUAAGAAUUUAAUAGGUAUUAACUGUUGCUGCAUAUUAUCUCUAUUGCUGAUAUUUUUAAAGAAGUAAAUUUAAAAUCCAGAAAAUGAAGUUACUGAACCAAACAGAAGUUUACUGUAAAACUGUUCCUCUAAAAGUUGUCAUAAAAUUCAAUUCCAAAACACAUGUGAAGAGGCUAUAAAUAAGGAGUGCUCUUUUCAUUGCCUUCUAAUU